GAAAAAUAUUUUUCCAUGUCUUGGCAAGUGUAUGUAGAUCAACAGUUACUUGGUUCAGGAAAGGUGAAAGAAGCAGCUAUAUGUAGUUUGGAAGGAAACAUAUGGGCGCGUUCUGCUGGUUUCGAAGCUUCUACGGAAGAGUUGAAAAAAUUGGUUGCCACUUUUCAACAUACCCAAGAUGCGGCUCAAAAUGGUCUAUUUUUGGGAAAUAAGAAAUAUUUCUUUCUUCGUUCCACCGAAGAUACCGUUUACGGAAAAUGGGGUGAAGAUGGCUUUGUUGCUAUGCAGACCAAUAUCUGUCUCAUCGUUGCAAUAUUUACCAAACCUGUAUCAGCUGCGGAGUGUGCAACAGCAGUUGGAAGAAUAGUCGAUUAUUUGAAGAGUGCAGGUUAUUAAUUAUUGGUCUGCUAACUGUUCCAAAAUCGAUAAAACGUGGUGCGUAUCGGGUACAAA